GUCUGUUUUAUUUUGAACCGGAAGUUGUGUUGAAUCUUCUCUGUGGCAGAAGCAGCACUUGUAUAAAACUCGGCUGGACCCCGCUGUAGUGAUCUCAUUAUCAACCUCAUCAGACUGGCGAACGAGCAUCUUAUUUUCUCUUAGAGACGCAAACAGCAGUGUACCUUUGGGGAAGCUCAGCCCCUGGCCAGCCACCAUGGGGGACGAUAGUGAGUGGAUGAAGCUCCCGAUCGAUCAGAAAUGUGAACACAAGGUGUGGAAAGCCCGUCUGAAUGGUUAUGAAGAAGCCUUGAAAUUGUUUCAGAGAAUAGAAGAUGAAAAGAGUCCAGAGUGGGGGAAGUACUUGGGACUGAUUAAGAAAUUUGUCACAGACUCUAAUGCUGUGGCUCAGCUCAAAGGUCUGGAGGCAGCCCUUGCCUUCAUUGAGAAUGCCCAUGUUGCCGGAAAAACAACAGGUGAAGUAGUGUCUGGUGUGGUGACCAAAGUGUUCAACCAGCCGAAAGCACGGGCCAAAGAGCUCGGCAUGGACAUCUGCCUUAUGUACAUUGAGAUCGAGAAGGCCGACGUGGUUCAGGAUGAGCUGCUUAAAGGACUGGACAACAAGAACCCCAAGAUAAUUGUGGCCUGCAUUGAGACGCUCAGAAAGGCUCUCAGUGUGUUUGGAUCAAAGAUAGUAACAUUGAAGCCAGUAGUGAAGGUUUUACCCAAACAAUUUGAGUCCAGAGAGAAAGCGGUGAGAGAUGAAGCCAAGAUGCUUGCAGUUGAGAUCUACAAGUGGAUCAGAGAUGCUCUGAGACCUUCGCUGCAGAACAUUAAUUCUGUACAGCUCAAGGAGCUAGAGGAGGAGUGGGUGAAGCUAUCGUCAUCUCCUCCCAAGCAGACCCGCUUCCUACGCUCCCAGCAGGACAUGAAAGCAAAGUUUGAGCAACAACAGGCUCAAGGAGGAGAACAGUCAGAUGGAGAUGAUGAUGAGGAGGAAAUGGCAGUGGCAGUGGAUCCUUAUGAGCUGCUGGAGCCUGUAGAGAUUCUGUCCAAGAUGCCCAAAGACUUCUAUGAGAAAAUUGAAGCUAAGAAGUGGCAGGAACGAAAAGAGGCACUGGAAGCUGUUGAGGCUUUGACCAAGAACCCUAAACUAGAGAACGGAGACUAUGGCGACCUUGUCAGAGCCCUGAAAAAGGUUGUGGGGAAAGAUGCUAAUGUGAUGCUGGUUUCAAUGGCAGCCAAAUGCCUGGCUGGACUGGCUGCUGGUCUCAGGAAGAAGUUUGGAACAUAUGCAGGACAAGUGGUUCCAACCAUUCUGGAUAAGUUUAAGGAAAAGAAGCCACAGGUUGUCCAGGCCCUGCAAGAGGCCGUUGAUGCCAUCUUUCUCACUACAACUUUCCAGAACCUGUCGGAGGACAUCCUGGCUGUGAUGGACAAUAAGAACCCUUCUAUUAAGCAGCAGGCCUCUCUGUUUCUGGCCCGCUCCUUUAGACACUGCACACAGGCCACGCUGCCCAAGAGCAUACUCAAGCCUUUCUGUGCUGCUCUCAUCAAGCAAGUGAAUGACUCUGCCCCAGAGGUACGUGAUGCUGCCUUUGAAGCUCUGGGGACUGCCAUGAAAGUUGUGGGAGAGAAAGCUGUUAACCCUUUCCUGACUGACUUGGAUAAACUCAAACUGGAUAAGAUUAAGGAGUGUGCUGAUAAAGUGGAGCUUUCUGGAGGGAGGAAGGGUGCAGGAGGAGGUGGCAAGGUGGAGAAGAAGGCUGCAGCUAAAGCCACUCUCCCUGCUGAAGCUGUACCCAAAUCCUCUGUUCCGUCUAAGACCCAGAGUUCUGCCAACAAGCCAUCAGCAGGGCCAUCUAAGAAAGGCAAGCCAGCGCAUGCAGCUGGUACCAAAACCAAGAAGUCCUCUGACAGUAAAGAAUUCACUGAGUCUGAACUUUCGCCUGAGGUGUGUGAGGACUUGGCUGCAGGGGUACUUCCUGCUUCCUGUCUAGAACAGCUGGAUUCUGCCAACUGGAAGGAGAGACUGGCCAGUAUGGAGGAUUUCCAAAGGGCUGUUGAGACAAUGGAUAAGGCUGCAAUGCCCUGCCAGGCCUUAGUCAGGAUGUUGGCCAAGAAACCAGGCUGGAAGGAGACCAACUUCCAGGUAAUGCAGAUGAAACUGCAUAUUGUGGCUCUCAUCGCUCAGAGGGGACAGUUUUCCAAGACAUCAGCCUCUGUAGUUUUGGAUGGCUUGGUGGAUAAGGUUGGCGACAUCAAGUGUGGCGGAAAUGCCAAAGAAGGAUUGACUGCUAUCGGAGUGGCCUGCUCACUGCCGUGGACUGCAGAACAGGUUGUAUCUAUGGCAUUUGCCCAGAAAAAUCCCAAAAACCAGGCAGAGACUCUCAACUGGCUGGCUAAUGCUAUGAAGGAGUUUGGCUUUGCAGGUAUUAAUGUGAAAGGUUUCAUCAACAAUGUGAAGACGGCUCUCAGAGCAACCAACCCCGGUGUUAGGACAGCGGCCAUCACUCUGCUGGGAGUUAUGUACCUGUACAUGGGAGCGCCACUACGCAUGUUCUUUGAAGAUGAGAAGCCUGCUCUCCUCACACAGAUAGAUGCUGAAUUUGAGAAGAUGCAGGGUCAGUCACCACCAGCACCGAUCAGGUUCACCAAAAAGGCAGCAGCAGAGGAAGAGGGUGAUGAUGGUGAUGAGCAGGAUGAAGAUGCUGGAGCUGGAGGUGGAGGACAGGACAUCAUGGACCUACUGCCUCGAACUGAUAUCAUUGACAAGAUUACAUCAGACCUGGUGUCUAAAAUUGGAGAUAAGAACUGGAAGAUCAGAAAGGAGGGUCUGGAUGAGGUUGCAGCCAUCAUUUCAGAGGCCAAGUUCAUCAUGGCUAACAUCGGAGAGCUGCCUCUGGCCCUGAAAGGACGACUCAGUGACUCCAACAAGAUCCUGGUGCAGCAGACUCUGACUAUUCUGCAGCAGCUGGCUACAGCCAUGGGACCUGGACUUAAACAGCACGUCAAAGCGCUGGGAAUCCCCAUUAUAACUGUUCUGGGAGACAGCAAGCCUAAUGUGAGGGCAGCUGCUAUGACCACGCUUCAGGCCUGGGUGGAGCAGACUGGGAUGAAGGACUGGCUGGAGGGAGAAGAUCUCUCUGAGGAACUAAAGAGGGAGAAUCCCUUCCUGCGACAGGAGGUGCUGAGCUGGUUAGCAGAAAAGUUGCCCACCCUGAGGACAGUUCCAGGUGAUCUAAUGCUAUGUGUCCCUCAACUUUAUGCCUGCCUGGAGGACCGAAACGGAGAUGUGAGGAAGAAGGCUCAAGAUGCCCUGCCUACCUUUAUGAUGCAUCUUGGCUAUGACAAGAUGAACAAAGCCACCGGGAAACUCAAACCUGCCUCUAAAGAUCAAGUGGUAUCCAUGUUGGAAAAGGCCAGAGGACUGAUGCCAGCUAAACCUGCGGCUCCAGCCAAAACAGGGGGAGGGAAAGGAUCUGCAGAGCCAAGCAGAGCUGUUUCAGCCUCCAGGUCUCUCCUACCUAGUGAGGACCUCAUCAAUGGUAAACCUGAAGUUAAAAAAGUCAAAGGGGGAAUGGCUGCUAAGAAGCCUCCCUCCCCUAAUGAGGAACCUCUUCCUCCCCCCUCUUCCAAGGACAAGGACAAUAAUGGUAGUAAAAAGCCUCCCAGCAAAGGGAAGGCUGCUUCUGGCAGUCAACAGGGUGCUGCUGGUAAGAAACCUAUGUCCAAAGGUCUGAAGGAUGAUGAAGAUAAGUCUGGGCCAAUCUUCAUCCUUAUCCCCAAUGCUAAGGAGCAGAGGAUCAAAGAGGAGAAGCAACUUAAGAUUUUGAAGUGGAACUUCAUCACCCCUCGAGAUGAAUAUUUGGAGCAGCUGAAAACCCAAAUGUCCACCUGUUUUGCAAAGUGGCUGCAAGAAGAGCUGUUCCACUUUGACUUCCAAAGACAUGUCAAGGCCAUAGGAGUCAUGAUUGAGAGGUUGGAGAGUGAGAGUGAAGCCACCAUUAGCUGUCUGGACCUGAUUCUGAAGUGGUUUACCCUGCGGUUCUUUGACACCAACACUACAGUCCUGAUGAAGGUGCUGGAGUAUCUUAAGUUGCUGUUUGGCAUGCUGAAUAGAGAGAACUACCACCUGACGGAGUAUGAGGCAAACUCCUUUGUCCCCUACCUUGUACUCAAGGUUGGAGAAUCAAAGGAUGUGGUUCGCAAAGAUGUUCGGGCUAUCCUGACCAUGCUGUGUAAGGUUUAUCCAGCCUCCAAGGUCUUCCCUUUCCUCAUGGAUGGAACAAAGUCCAAAAACUCCAAACAGAGAGCUGAAUGUCUGGAGGAGUUAGGUUGUUUGAUAGAGGGCUAUGGAAUGAACGUAUGCCAACCCACUCCAGCUAAGUCUCUGAAAGAGAUUGCUGUGCACAUUGGUGACAGAGACACAUCUGUACGCAAUGCUGCCCUCAACACUGUGGUAGCUGUCUACAAUGUCUGCGGGGACCAGGUCUACAAGCUCAUAGGAAAUUUGUCAGAAAAGGACAUGAGCAUGCUAGAGGAGAGAAUAAAGCGAUCAGCAAAGAAGGCACCCAUAACUCUGGCCAAACAGACGACAACAGAGAGGUCUCAGAGGGAGCACCCAACAAACCCCAAUGCCACCUUUCUCCGCAAGCCUGCACAGGAAGACCCCAACAAGCUCAACCAAGCACGUCAGAAUCCACAGCACAGCGAGUCCUUGCAUCCGUCCAUCCCCAAGGAGUUCCAAUUAGACCUGGACAUGAUUGAGAUGGACCAGGGUAGAGUGUGUGAGUUGCCGGACCUUGUCCAACACAAGCUGGAUGAGCUGCUGGAGCCCAUCAUGAUACCUGAACCCAAGAUACGAUCGGUCUCACCGCACUUUGAUGAACUGCAUAAUAGCACCGCUUCCACCAUCAACUUUGUCAUCUCUCAGGUGGCGAGUGGUGACAUAAACACCAGCAUCCAGGCACUGGCACAGAUUGAUGAGGUGCUACGGCAGGAGGACAAAGCAGAAGUCAUGUCGGGACACAUCGAUCAGUUUCUCAUUGCUACCAUCAUGCAGCUGAGGCUUAUCAACAGCACACACAUGGCUGACGACCGGGUGGAUAAAAAGGACAUCAUCAAGCUGUACAGCUGCAUCAUAGGAAACAUGCUGUCUCUGUUCUCUAUGGAGUCCCUGGCCAGAGAGGCAUCUAUGGGUGUGCUGAAGGACCUGAUGCAUGGUCUGAUAACACUGAUGCUGGACAGCAGAGUGGAGGAUAUAGAAGAUGGAACGCAGGUCAUCAGGUCCGUCAACCUGCUCGUAAUCAGAGUCCUGGAGAAGUCUGACCAGACCAACAUGAUCAGUGCUCUGCUGGUGUUGCUUCAGGAUACACUGGUCUCGACAGCCGGUUCCCCCAUGGUCUCCGAGCUGGUCAUGAAAUGUUUGUGGAGGGUCAUCCGCUUCCUCCCAGAGACCAUCAACAACAUCAACCUGGAUCGGAUCCUGCUGGACGUCCACAACUUCAUGAAGGUUUUCCCCAAAGAGAAACUGAAGCAGCUUAAGAGUGAUGUCCCACACAGAACCCUCAAGACACUGUUACACACACUGUGCAAGCUCACUGGGGCCAAGAUCCUAGACCACCUGUCGAUGAUUGAGAAUCGUAAUGACUCUGAGUUGGAGGCCCAUCUGAGGCGGGUGGUCAAACACUCUGGAAACCUGGCGGGACUUAAGAGUGACCGAAGUAAUGAGAAGAGUGGACCGCGCACAGAUGAUCGGAUGUCAAAGGCAAAGGUCAGCGAUAUUCUGUCUGAAAUCUUCAAGAAGAUUGGCUCCAAGGAGAACACUAAAGAGGGUUUGACAGAGUUGUAUGAGUAUAAACAGAAGUACUCGGAUGCAGACCUGGAGCCCUUCCUCAAAAACACAUCACAGUUCUUCCAGAGCUAUGUGGAGCGAGGCCUUCGCAUGAUCGAGUCUGAGCGAGAGGGCAAAACUCGAAUCCAGACCUCAGCAGUGAUCCCUCAGCAUGGUGUGGAGUCCAGUCUGAGCAGCAACAAUGAAGAGCUGAAACCAGCUGUUUACUAUGAAAGACUGAAGAUUCUCAGACAGAGACAAGGCCUGGAAAACACUUCCAGGCAGCAGGGUGUCGGGGGGAGCGAGGAUGAGCCUCAGCAGCGACCCACCAUCUCCUCCCUGCUGUCCUCAAAGCCAUCGGUGGCAUCGUCCACCGACAUGCUCCAAAGCAAGCUGUCACAGCUCAAAGAGUCACGGGAGCUGUACCAGCAAGAGCACAACAUGCACUCCCCGACACAUGCACACACCCGCUCAGCUUUACCAGCAGCCAACCUGGAUGACCUGAAGAAACGCCUGGAGAGGAUAAAGAGCAAACGGCAGUGAAGCGGGAGCACCACCUCAUCUCAUCCAUUAAUCCUAUGGAGUUCAGCUGGUAGUAAGAAAUGCAGCAACCACCUUUUUAACUCAUGCUGUUUUUAUAUUUAUGUUGUGUGGAGGGAAAGAAAAAGGACACUGGAGCCCACCUCACUCCUGACUCCACCCACUGUGCCUAUAUGUUGUUAGAAAUCAAACACACCCUGUAGGACCAGAAACCAUCCAGGUGUUUUUAGCUAGUUACAGUAUCAGACAGUGAGUCAUUGUUCAUCAGUGAAAAGCUGAAGAGUCCUUGAACAAAAUGAGAGUGGUGGUAUUGGUAUUGUCAUUCUUGUUCUCGUUGCUAGAAGAUCAGGAUCACAGCAUUUUUUCUGUUAAAGCCUUCUCUUUGCCCUCUCUGUACACUCUUCACUGUAUUAUGAUACUCCCUCAGUCACCUGCCUCCUCAUUUCUUUGUACUUGUUGAACAAUUCAACAAUUAAAAGGCACUUCUGAAGGAAGAAGGAUCUGGUUUGUUCUCUGGUGUUUUGUGACCUUCCAUGUGUUACCAAGUGGUUUUUGAUUUGACCUUUGUUGUGACAGGAAAAGCAAAGAUCUAACAAAGAAAGCAGAUCCAGACUUUGGAAUAGGGCUCAAACUACCAGGCGUUUAUUCAGCUGCAGGUUUUCUCAAUUUAACUGGAAAAAACAGUUUACAACUUAAAAAUCACAAUCAUACACUCUAAUUGUUCUGAAUCCCAAAAGUAUUCACUACACGUGAGAACCAGCCAGUCGAUUAAUUGCUGCUGCUCUGGUUUUCUACACUGAAUGGAACGGAGACUUAAUUUUAGUGAUUCCACCUCUGCUUUUUCUGUUGUAUCCUGCUCCAAUAUUAAAAAGUCCCGAAGCUUUCAGACCCAGAGAAAAAAAUUGUUUCUAUUGUGGAAGACACAAAGUGGCUACUGAGAAUUUUUCUUACAUGUGUGCAGAUGUCAGUCUUUGCAUUGGGUUGACAUUGGGCUGUAAAUACUCUCUGUAAAGUCCUCCUAACACAUCUUUUCACUUAUUAAACCACAGCCAUGGAGCCAGACUAGAGUCAACAUGGCCUCUACUGUAAAGCGCAUUGACCUCACUCGAUUGUGUUUGUAGGCUUGAGGAGCAUGGCAUGAACCUGUGAUUUUUAUUUUAUUCUGUAAAUAAAGUUUGCAUCAGUAAAA